GCAUACAUUAACAUCAACCACCGUCCGGAAAAGAAGACAACAGCAAAACAAAGAUUUAAAAUAGGAAAACAAGGAAGAGAGAGAGAGAGAGAGAGAGAGAGAACAAUUUUUACAGAUCAGUCGUAUGGUGGUAAGUGCACAAAUAGACAACCAAAUGAUAGCCUCUGUUCAUAUAUAGGGAUGGUGGAGAACCAUCGGAUGUGCUCCUUUUUCUGACCUCCACCAUUCUUUCCACCACCAUACUCGAUCCAUCCGAGCCCUGCCCUCGCCUCCGCAGACCGGAGGAGGGCUGUCUGUGGAGGGCGAGCGGCAGGAAAGAUGGGUGAGAGUGAGGCCAUAGCCGCUAGAUAUUGGUGCCACAUGUGCUCUCAAUUGGUGAGUCCGAUCGUGGAGAUGGAGCUCAAAUGCCCACAUUGUAACGGUGGAUUCGUGGAAGAGAUGGAUGCGAGAGGAGACAUGGACGAUCAGGCCCUCUCCCUGUGGGCCCCGAUCUGGCUCGGAAUGCUCGGAGGUGGCUCCUUGCGCCGCCGGAGAGUUCACAGGGAAGAGGAGAGGGAGAACUCGGACCCGGACGGAGACCGCCAAGUGGAGACCAUUCGACGAAGGCGGAGGAGGACCUCCGCCAUCCUUCACUUGCUCCAUGUCCUCCGGGAGGGGAACAGACGGGAGUCCGAUGGGGCCGACGCCGAGAGGGAGAACGGAAGGCGUCGGGAGAGCCUCAUCCUCAUCAAUCCUUUCACCGAUCCCAUAAUUCUGCAAGGAUCAUCGGAUGCCAACCAGCUGCUAAGCCACAGCAGCAGCACCAUCGGCGUUUCUCCGGGAGACUACUUUCUUGGCCCGGGUCUGGAUCUUUUGUUGCAGCGUCUGGCAGAGAGCGAGACGAGCCGGUACGGGACGCCGCCGGCUCUGAAAGAGGCCGUGGAUGCAAUGCCGACGGUGAAAAUCGAGAAGAAUACGAGUUGUUCGAUAUGCUUGGAGGACUUGGAGGUGGGUGAUGAGGGCAGGGAGAUGCCCUGCAAGCACACGUUCCACAGCGGUUGCAUCUUGCCGUGGCUGGACCUCCAUAGUUCGUGCCCUGUUUGCCGGUUUCAGAUGCCUGCCGAUGAAUCGAAGGUGGUCCCGAGCGCAGGCGGGAGUGUCAGCAGAGAGGGCGUCGGUGGUGGGGAAAGCCUUCCUUGGCCUUCCCAUCGCUUGUCCUCUUUGCCAGGGUCUCGGAGCAGCAGUAGCAGCUCUGUUUCGUCACCCCCAUCAUCGUCAUCAUCGACCUCAGGGAGUAACUCUCAGCCAAACGAGAAUUGAAGAUGCCGCUGCCUCGAGGGUUUUUUUGGGUAGCUUCUUGUACAUAUAUCGUUUCAUCUGCUGAUUUAGCAUGCCGAAAGAAGGAACGAAAGUACAUGCACUGUUCGAUUCUCGAGUUCCCCUCCUAUUGUGAUGGUUCGCUUUGGACGCGUAAACCUGCAGCAAACAGCAGGUAACAAUAUCUCAUCAUGUCUGAUCGAUUGCAGCGCCGGUUGAUACUAGAAAUCAUGCAAGUUCAAAUAUGGA